AUGUCAAAAAGGAGACGCAACGGAUCCCGCGGCCAGCAUGUUCAUGGUCAGAGGAAACGCAGACCUUCCACUGCUAAGACUCUCAGGGAACCAGCAAGCUUUGCUAAAGAUUCAGGCAAUGAUUCUGAAGUCCCCCAUGUGAAGGUGACUUUAGCCCAGGCUCGGCGUGGCACUCCUGCUCACCGACCUGUAAGGGUCUACGCUGAUGGGAUUUUUGACCUCUUCCACUCUGGUCAUGCUCGUGCCCUUAUGCAAGCCAAGAAUCUGUUUCCUAACACGUGGUUGAUCGUUGGAGUUUGCAGUGACAAGCUGACGCACAAGUGUAAAGGCUACACAGUAAUGACCGAAGCCGAGCGUUAUGAAGCUCUUAUACACUGCCGCUAUGUAGACGAAGUGGUCCGUGAUGCCCCAUGGACCAUCACGUCCGAGUUCCUGAAAAAACACAAGAUUGACUUUGUGGCCCAUGAUGAUAUCCCAUACACUUCUGCAGGAUCAGAUGAUGUGUAUAAACAUAUCAAAGCAGCAGGAAUGUUUGUAGCAACACAAAGGACAGAAGGCAUUUCUACCUCAGACCUCAUCACGCGCAUCGUCCGCAACUACGACAUCUAUGUGAGAAGAAACCUGCAAAGAGGCUACACAGCCCGAGAAUUGAACGUUGGCUUUAUCAAUGAGAAGAAGUAUCGUCUGCAGAACCAGGUGGAUAAAAUGAAAGAGAAGGUGAGAACAGUGGAAGAGAAGUCGAAACACUUAGUGCACCGUGUGGAAGAAAAAAGCCAUGACCUGAUACUGAAAUGGGAAGAGAAAUCGCGUGAGUUUAUAGGAAACUUCCUGGAGCUCUUUGGCCCUGAUGGACCAUGGCAUAUGAUCCAGGAGCAGAGCGGCCGUGUGCUCCAGGCUCUGUCUCCGUACCAGUCGCCUCGGACCUCGCCCAGCAGCAGUCCCACAAGAGGGCGCUCUCUCUCACCUCCAACCUUCUGA